UGGUGCCUCGAGUGCCAUCUUGGUUAGGGGCACUUCCGUUGGGGGGGCUGACACUUCCGCGUGCCCUAUGGCCUCAAAGCUUCAAGACCUUUGGGCGGGAGGCGAGAGACGGAGCUGCGGACAGCCCUCCCCAAGGCUCCGGCUCCAUGCUGAGCCCCAGCCUCUGGCUGCGAAGAACGUUCCCGUUCCUGCUGCGCUCUGCAUCGAGGCUUCCUGCUCUCUCCCAAGGCGGUGACCUAGCGGGCACCGGGCACGGCAGGUCUGGGACCAUGGCUGUCCCUUCUUCUGCACGAGGUUUGCCCCUGGUAGCAGUGUGCCAGGUGACAUCAACACCAGAUAAGGAACAGACCUUUGCAGCCUGUUCGGGUUUGAUUCAGGAGGCUGCCAAGUUGGGUGCCUGCCUGGCCUUCCUGCCCGAGGCCUUCGACUUCAUUGCUCGUGACCCAGCAGAGACCCUUCGGCUGUCUGAGCCAUUGGGGGGGGAUCUUGUAAAUCGGUAUGCCCAACUUGCCAGGGAAUGUGGACUCUGGCUAUCUCUGGGUGGUUUUCACGAACGUGGCCAAGACUGGGAGCAGACUCAGCGCAUCUAUAAUUGUCAUGUGCUCCUGGACAGCAAGGGGUCUAUUGUGGCCACAUAUAGGAAGACACACCUCUGUGAUGUGAAGCUUCCAGGACAGGGAUCCAUGUGUGAGAGCACCUCUACUGUACCUGGGCCCACUCUUGGGUCACCUGUCAGUACACCGGCUGGCAAGGUAGGCCUGGCCAUCUGCUAUGACCUGCGUUUUCCAGAGCUUUCCCUUGCACUGGCCCAGGAUGGGGCUGAAAUUCUCACCUACCCUUCAGCCUUUGGCUCAGUCACAGGACCAGCCCACUGGGAGGUGCUGCUCCGGGCUCGGGCCAUCGAGACACAGUGUUAUGUAGUUGCAGCAGCACAGUGGGGACAGCACCACGAAAAAAGAGGGAGUUAUGGACACAGCAUGGUGGUGGACCCCUGGGGAGUUGUAGUAGCACGCUGUUCUGAGGGGCCAGGCCUCUGCCUUGCCCAUAUUGACCUGGCCUACUUGCGCCAAGUACGAGAGCAAAUGCCUGUGGCCCAGCACCGAAGGCCUGACCUGUAUGGCAACUUGGGUCGCCCAGAUCCUUGACACCUGCUGACUGAACUGGGGUCCUAUUCUGGGCCAGUGAGGAUGAUCUGUGGCUUGGAGGCAGGACCCCAAGCCACUGAAGAGCCUCUACUCCCUUUCCUUCGUGGAAUACAGGUUCAACCUGUUGUAAAUCCCAAAAAUAUGCUUUUUUGGGCUCAGAUUUUAGUUAUACAUAGAUGGGCUCUUAAAUCACAAUUUUAUGAAAACUAAAGCUACACUGAGGUCUAAGCAGUACUGACAUUGAAAAAAAUACAGUCAUGAAGUCCAA